GCCUGGAACCGGGGCUCUGUCUGGGGAAGCGAAAGCGAAAGCAAAAGUGGCGGGCGCCGGACGCCCCCGCUUGCCGACUGUCGCCAGCAGACAGAAGGGGGAAAAGAAGGUGAGCCAGCACGAGCGGAUUUCAGAGCUCGGCGCUCAGCACGUAGCCGAACGCCCCCCCCGCCCCGGAGGAGCUCCGGUCCCGAAGCCGCCGCCGAUAACACCAUGCUGUUCCCUGACCUGAGACCCUGGGCCUUCCUGCUGCUGGCCGACUCGGUUCUACUCUGGCUGAUUCAGGGGACUCUGGGGGCUCUCCUUCCCCCGGGGCUUCCUGGCCUGUGGCUGGAGGGGACCCUGCGACUUGGAGGGCUCUGGUGGCUGCUAAAGGUGGGAGGACUGCUGGGAUUGGUGGGAACACUGCUGGCCCCGCUCUGCCUGGGGACUCCGCUGUUUCUCUCCCUGAGGGCCCUGGUCCCAGGGGCCUUGAGUGCUCCCCCAGUCAGAGUGGCUUCAGCACCCUGGAGCUGGCUGCUGCUGGGGUAUGCGGCUGUGUGGCUAGGCUGGGCCAUGUGGGCCCUGCUGAGCUCUCCAGGAGCCCAAGAGACAAAGCAGGGCCAGGAGAACAACACAGACUUGAUGUGGAGGCUGCUGAAGCUCUCCUGGCCAGACCUGCCUUACCUCCUUGCAGCCUUCUUCUUCCUUAUUGUUGCCGUGUUGGGUGAGACGGUCAUCCCUUACUAUUCGGGUCAUGUCAUUGACAUCCUGAGAGGUGAUUUCGACCCUGAUGCCUUUACCAGCGCCAUCUUUUUCAUGUGUCUAUUCUCCAUUGGGAGCUCACUGUGUGCGGGCUGCCGAGGAAGCUGCUUCACCUUCACCAUGUCCAGAAUCAAUGUGCGGGUCCGGCAGCUGCUUUUCUCCUCCCUUCUGCACCAGGACCUCAGUUUCUUCCAGGAUACUAAGACAGGGGAGCUGAAUUCAAGGCUGAACUCGGAUACCAAAUUGAUGAGCUGCUGGCUUGCUCUUAACGCCAACGUGCUCUUGCGAAGCGUGGUCAAAGUGGUGGGGCUGUACAGCUUCAUGCUCAGUCUGUCCCCUCGACUUGCCCUCCUCUCUCUGCUCAAGGUGCCUCUGGCAAUAACGGCUCAAAAACUGUACGAUGUCCGCCAUCAGGCAGUGCUUCGGGAGAUCCAGAAUGCUGUGGCGAAAGCAGGACAGGUGGUGCGGGAGGCAGUUGGAGGGCUGCAGACCGUGCGCAGUUUUGGGGCCGAGGAGCACGAGCUCUGUCUCUAUAAGGAGGCCCUGGAACGGUGCCGGCAGCUGUGGUGGCGACGAGACCUGGAAAGUGCCCUCUACUUACUCUUUCGGAGGAUGCUGCACUUGGGAAUGCAGGUGCUGAUGCUGAACUGUGGCCUGCAGCAGAUCCUGGCCGGGGACCUCACCCAAGGUGGGCUGCUCUCCUUCCUGCUCUACCAGGAGGACAUGGGCCAUUAUGUGCAGACCCUGGUUUACAUGUGUGGGGAUAUGCUCAGCAACGUAGGGGCUGCCGAGAAGGUGUUUCAGUACCUGGACCGAAAGCCAAAUCUGCCUCCGCCCGGGACGCUGGCCCCUCCCACUCUGCGGGGGCUGGUGGAAUUCCAGGACGUCUCCUUCGCGUAUCCCAACCGCCCGGACCAGCCUGUGCUCAAGGGGCUGACGUUCACCCUGCGUCCUGGUCAGGUGACGGCCCUGGUAGGGCCCAACGGGUCCGGGAAGAGCACAGUGGCUGCCCUGCUGCAGAAUCUGUACCAGCCCAGCGGGGGACGGCUGCUGCUGGAUGGGCAGCCCCUCUCCCAGUAUGAGCACCGCUACCUGCACCGACAGGUGACUUCGGUGGGGCAGGAGCCCGUGCUCUUCUCCGGUUCUGUGAGGGACAACAUUGCCUACGGGCUGAAGAGCUGCAGUGACGAGCAGGUGAUGGCCGCGGCCCAGGCCGCCAACGCCGACGGCUUCAUCCAGGAGAUGGAGCACGGGCUGUAUACAGAUGUUGGGGAGAGAGGGAACCAGUUGGCUGUGGGACAGAAACAGUGUCUGGCCAUUGCCCGGGCCCUUGUGAGGGACCCACGAGUCCUCAUCCUGGAUGAAGCCACCAGUGCCCUGGACGUCCAGUGUGAGCAGGCGCUGCAGGACUGGAAAUCCCGCGGGGACCGAACGGUGCUGGUGAUCGCUCACAGGCUGCAGACGGUGCAGAGUGCGGACCAGAUCCUGGUGCUCAGGCAGGGGGAGCUGCUGGAGCGCGCGCAGCUCAUGGAGGGGCAGGACCUCUAUUCCCGCCUGGCGCAGCAGCUCCUGGAGGACUGAGGCCCCAGGCACAUGCGGCCCUUCUCACGGCCAUCUCCAUGACCCAGGGUAGCUCGUGCUGGGAGUUUUGCUGCGCUUGUGCCCCUAGGUACUUGCUCCUAGAGCUGGAGGCAUGGUGGAAGUUUGGAGCAUGUGUGCUCCUAGCGGGGCUGGGAGUCCCCGGAGGUGGGGGUGGGGGCUGCUCUGUUUCCAAGAUCCUUAUUUCCCUGGUGCUGAGUAGCGUGUUGUGGCAUAAUAUGUCUAUUUAAAAAUAUCUUCCUUAUGUAAAUAGCACUUACGCAUCAAGAAAAGUAAAACUAACCUUUGUUUCACUUCCCAGAGGUCACCAUAGCUACUAUUUUGCUAGCUACCUGUGUCUUAUCUGUUCUUUGAGAUAAAUAUUAGCCAGUAUGAUGUAAAUAUUCAUGAGGUUGCCUUUCUUUCUCCAUUCUCACUGACGUCUGAUAUUCUGGGGGAGCCUAAGGUAUUAGAGGCGUAAAGCACAGUUUCCUAAUUAACAAUGUUAAAACAUUGGUAAUAUCUACCAUUAUAGAGUUUUAAUAUGAAUAGGAACGAUGCUAAACGUUUUUCAGGUAUUAUCAUAUUUAGUCCUUUUCCUCAACCCUAUGAGGUUGGUUAUUAUUAUCCCCAUCUUACAGUUGAGGAGACUGAGUCUCAAAGAGAUUAAACAACUUUUCCAAGGUUACACAGGGCUGGAGUUGGAGUUGAAUCUAGGCCUGACCCCUGAGUCCACAAUCUCAACCAAUAAAUUACAUGACAUUAUGUGUUCCUAAUCUUGAAUUCAUACUCAGAUCCAGUCAAUAGCUCUGAAUCCACUGCCUUCUCUCUAGCCCCAUUGUUAUUACAACUUUGACUUAGUCUUAGAUGAUCUCAUCUCCAGAGAGGUUUCCCCACCAUUGGUUCACCUUUUCCAGCCAGUCUUCAUGAAGUCAUUUUUCUUUCUAGCAGACACAUAAGAUGACAUCACUUCCAUAAAGCCCUUCAAGCGCUCUUCGUUCCUUUCUGCUCCGAUCUUCUCGCGGCGUGCAAGGUUGUGCAGCUCAUUCGCAGCAUCCUUUCCUAUUGCAUUAAGUUCCCACUGCAAACUUACAGCCCUCCUCAUGCCUUUGUGCCUUUGCACAUGGUGUGUUCUUGCUAUUUCUUGAACCACUCUUCCUGAUUUACCCCGAGUCCUUCAAGGCUUAACUCAGGGGUGAGGUCUUCCAGGAAGCCUUUUCUGAUCUCAGUCUGGAGAAAGUGUCCUUUCCUUGCCCUUUUAUCCCCCAGGGCUUACCUCUUUCACAGCCUGUAGUAAACUCCUUAUCCUCCCACCCCUCUGUUUUCCCACUAGACCAUGAGCUCCUGGGGGGAAGGCCAUAUAUCUUAUCAAACCUUAUAUCGACUACCUGGCUCAGGGCUCGAUUCAAAGCAGAAAAUAAGCAAAUGUCUGUUGCACAGAUGAGUAAAGCUUCUCUGUCCUGCUUCCUCUUGCCAACCACUGAAAAUUCAGAGCUGUGAACAUUACUGCCUUUUGGGAGGGACUUACCUUUGAAGGUUCCUAUUCUAGGAAAGAGAAACUUUCACAUUUCCAGAAACACCAGGUACUUUCCAGCUCCAGCAACGAACUAGCCAGAACUUCUGCUGUUUUGCUUUUCUUUUUUUUUCUUCCUGGUAACUGUUGUUGGGAACAGGGCAGGGUGAGAGUAGGGAGCUUUCUUAUGCAGAUAAGCCCUUGCUUCUUUCUGCUGUUUGUGUCUCCAGUAUCACUGAAUGUGCAAUACCCACGUGGAGAGAGAAAAGUCUGGCCUAAUUCCUUCCCCUCUCAACCAAAUGUCCUUCCUCUAAUUAUACAAUGGUGGUAAUCAUUCCUGUAUCUCCCAACCUUAGGGAAACUGUUGCCCUCAUGGAGGAAGAUAAUCUGUUAAAUUCAUUGAUAUCCUCAGUAUGACAGCCAUAGGCUCCUAAUAGUUUAAGCCUAGAAGGGAUAUCCUCAGUAUGACACCCAUAGGCCUCCUAAUAGUUUAAGCCUAGAAGGCAUCUUAAAAUAACAUAGCAGUCAAAUCUUACUUUACAGAAAGGAGAACUGGCCUGAAAUUGCAGGGUUACUCAGUGAUUGAGCUGGGAAGAAAACUCAGGCAUCCAGAUGGGCAGUUCAGAAAGCUGCAGCAGACCUCAGGAUCUUAGGAUGUCUCGAAAGUUGGUUAUCUCAGGGAAAGGCCUUACGUCAGGGACACAUUCUGGAAAUGUUCGCUGGAGGUCUAAGUGUGGAAGUCUGGCAAAUACCUACAAGUGUGGUCUGUCUGGUAACCACAGAUAUGAGUAGUUCUAGUCUGUUCCCGAGUUCUAGUUCUUUUCAUUCACCCUGCCUUCCCUCCAACACCAUUUGAUCUGCCUGCCCGUUAACUUCCCCUUCUUGUCACUUACUUUAGGCAUCUUUCCCCUUUGGUCAUAUUUUACUCUUUCCAAAGGAUGAUAUGAAUGGAGAGGGGAAACCUUAGGAAACUCUCAUAGAUUUCUUUGGAUCCCCCAGACAACCUCCCACCCCGUCUGCUUUGCCUAGUGUGGAAACGGCGUUGAAUUUCAAGUCCUUUAUUCCUCAGCCGAGUAGGGUUGCCCACUUGCAGUAAACAUGGGAGUUGUGAUUCAAGAGGAGGAAGAGUGCAGUUGUCAGAAUUUUGGAGAAAGUAGUAGGGAGUAAGGAAAGCAAAGAUCUUCCUGGUUUUUGGUGCUGAGUGAGCCAAAGAAAGCACCCGUCUGAGUCUGAUGCCCAUCUAGUGAACCUAGGAAAUACUGGGUUUUGAACCUAGAGUUUUAUGGACUUAUGAAUUGUAAUAACUUUGAUGACAAUAGUCAUUCAAGGGCUACGCUAAGUGCCUGACGUAUAUCUUUGUACUUUAUCUUCGAGAUAAUCCGUGUGGCAGAUAUUAAUAUAUCAAUUCUAAGAAUGAAAAAAUGGAGGUUUAGGCACAUUGCCUGGGUCACAAAGCUUGGAAGAGGUGGCCUCUGCCCAUCUUUAUAAUAAACUCCUGAAAAGAGUUGCCUGUACUCCCUCUGUCUGCUUACCCUCCUACUAUUCUUUUUUUUUUAAAGAUAUAAUUUAUAUAAAUAGACUAUAUUAAUGUGAUUUAAAAUUCAAAAGCCACAAAAAGGUAUGCAGAGGAAACCCUCACUCCCAUCCUUCCCAUGGUUUACCAAGACCCCUUGUGUACCCAUUCCAUGCUCCAAGCUUUAUGUUUGUCCUUCUAGGGAAAUUUCAUGUAUAUUUAAGCAAAUAUGUAUAUAUGUCCCUGUUCCCUAUUUUUACAGAUAGCAGGUUGUUAGAUCCGCUGCUCUGAACUUUAUUUUUUACACUUAGAAAUAUAUGACUAUAUAGCAUUUUAUUUUAUGGUAGUACCGUAUUUCAUUUAGCUUGUCUUCUCCUAUUGGUGGGUAGUUAGGUUACUGGAAGUCUUUAGCUAUUAUAAGCAAUGCCUCGUGUAGAUGUUAUAAUACACAUGUGCAAGAAUAUCCAUAGGAUAAAAUUCUAAAGGGGGAGUUGCUGAGUCCAGGUGUGUAUACAUUACUAAUAUUGCUAUGUGUUGCAAAAUUGCCUUCCUGUAGGUUGUAUUCAUGCGCAGUUCCAUCAGCAAUAUGUGAAUUUAUCUGUUUCCCCACAUGCUCGUCAACACAGAGUGUUGUUAAAUUAACUUUUUAGGUUUUGUCAAUCUUAUGGAUAAAAAGUGACAUCAUA